AUGCACACUCUAAAAGUUCCUUUAACCGUCUCUUCAGCCUCAGCCUCGUCCCCUUCCACCUCUUCCUCAACAUCGACCCAGGUGGAGCGUCUGGCCACCACAACCGGAGCACCUCCUGCUUUGGCGGAGGCUGCUGAUACUGGCCCAGCCAGCAGAUCAUCACCCAAGCAAUUUCGGAAGAGGAUCUUUGGCACCAGUGAGUCCCCGGUCCUCUUUAUCCACCGUCCGGGAACUUCAGGGACUACGAGGCGACUAGAGUACAGGGGCCGAGUAGUCACCACCGAGCUCCAGGUCAUUGUGCAUGAGGAGGACCCCAGGCGAUUCCGGGCUGUUGCAAUUUCUAAGGCUAGAGCUCUUAACCUGCCUGCACCGAGGCCUGCGCCCAGGCCUGCGCCCAGGCCUGAGCCGAGGCCUGAGCCGAAGCCAGAGCCGAAGCCCGAGCAGGAGCCGAAGCCCGAGCAGCCACCGGCCAGAGCAGCCCGUGAUCGUGAUCCUAGCCCUGAGGCCAGCUGCUGUGGCCUGUGGCCCAGGAGAUCCCCACGCCCCCAGAACUAA